AUGUCAUCUUCACAUUGUUUGGGUAAAUCUCGAGAUUCUCGACGAGAACGUGUAUCAAUUCGUCGAGCAACUGUAUCUAAUCUUGCCAAUGGAAGUCGAGAAAUACAUAGUUUAAUCGAUGCUGUCAAUGCUCAAGAUUAUGAUCGAGUCCUUGAUCUACUUCAAUCAGAUGUUGAUCCACGUACUGCUGAUAAAUAUGGUCGUACUCCAUUGCAUGUUGCUUCUACAAAAAUAAAUGCAGCAAUAGUAAAAACACUUAUUGAUCAUGGUGCCGAUGUUAAUGCUGAAGAUUCACUUGGUAAUACUCCAUUACAUUUAGCUUGUAUUAGUAGUCGAUUAGCAAUUGUUGGUGUUCUUCUUCGUGCUGGUGCUAAUUUGUCAUCAACAAAAAGUCAAACAACACCAUUAACAAAUGCAUUAAGUCGUUUACAAUUAAUGAUGAAUGAAAAACGAACAAUAUCAUCACCAGAUUUAAAAGCUGAAAUUAUUGAAUUAAUUCGUUUACUUAAAAAUCGUACAUUACAAACAAAUGAAAAUAAUUCUAUAUCAAAUCUUUCUAAAAAGAAACAUAAUGAUGAACAACAAUCAACAACAAAAACACUUUUUCUUAUUCGUCAUGGUCAAUCAAUUGCUAAUCGAGAUUAUGAUGAAUCAAGUGCUUAUCGUGAUGCUGGCUUAACUGAACAAGGCUUUGCUCAAGCAAAAGCUUUACAAAAAGAACUUGAAGAAUUACAAAUUGAUCUUGCUAUUGUUAGUCCAUUAACACGAGCACUUCAAACAUGUCAAAGUGCUCUACCAACAUCAUAUUCAGGACCCAUUCUUGUUCUACCAGAAGUUGCUGAAAUUUGUUCAUCACAUUAUAGUUGUGGUCAAAAACGUAGCGUUAUACAACCAAAAUUUCCUAAUAGAUUUGAUUGGUCAAAUGUUCCAAUAGAUGAUAUAUGGUGGUGGCCAUAUGAUCAAAAACAUUGUAGUGAAACAAAUGAUUAUCAACGAAAACGUAUAGAAAAAUUUCGUCGUUUUAUUCAAGAACGACCUGAAAAACGUAUUGCAGUUUUUUCUCAUGGUGAUUAUUUAUGGGAUUUUUUGGAAGGUAGAAGACCAUAUCCAGCUAAUUGUCAAGUGAUACCAUAUAAAAUUUAA